CGCCCCACCAGAGCGCGGCGGCGGCGGCGCGGAGCCGAGCGGAGACAGAGAGCAGCGCGCCGCGCCGGGCCUCCGCCACGCCGCGGCUCCCCCUGCCCGCCCCCGCCUCCGUCCUGCGGCCCGCGCCCCCCGCGGCACCAUGUCGGUGGAGCUGGAAGAAGCCGAUCUGCCCCUGACCGAGGCGGAGGAAGUGCCGCUCGCCCCGGAGAAGAAAGCGGCCGCUAAGAAGGCGAAAGGCGGCGGCGGCUCCUCGCUGUCGCCGUCGAAGAAGAAGAAGAACAACAAGAAGAAGAACCAGCCGGGCAAAUACAGCCAGCUGGUGGUGGAGACGAUCCGCAAGCUGGGCGAGCGCAAUGGCUCCUCGCUGGCCAAGAUCUACAACGAGGCCAAGAAGGUGGCCUGGUUCGACCAGCAGAACGGCAGGACCUACUUGAAGUACUCCAUCAAGGCGCUGGUGCAGAACGACACGCUGCUCCAGGUCAAGGGCACCGGCGCCAACGGCUCCUUCAAGCUCAACAGGAAGAAGCUGGAAGGCGGUGGCGACGGGGGCGCGGGCAGCAGCGCCCACAAGUCCCACAAGAAGGCGACGGCCUCCACGUCCCGGCGGGCGGAGAAGAAGCCGGCGGCCAAGAGCAAGAAGCCCGAGAAGAAAUCCCACAAGAAGGGAGCCGGCGGCGCGGCGGCGAAGAAGGACAAGGGCAAAGCCAAGAAGGCCACCAAGAAGGGAGCCGCGUCCCCCGGGGGCAAGAAGGUGAAGAAGUCCGCAAAGCCCAAGGCACUCAAGAGCAGGAAGGCAUGAGAGCGGGGCGCAGGGAGCCCCCCGCCGCCCCCCCCCCCCCCGGACUGAGAGCCCCGCGGCACAGACUGCUCUGAGGACGGACCCCAGGGGACCCGCUUUGUCUUUGUGUUGCUGACUCGGCUCCGCAGCCGCCGCCGUGCGCGGUGAGCGGGGCUGCGGCUGCCCCAGCCCC